ACCCCCAUGUAUUUCUUCCUCAGGAAUCUGUCUUUCGUCGACCUCUGCCUCAUCACCGUCAUCGUCCCAAACUCGGUCCUCAACUCCUUGGCCAAUCGCAGCUCCAUCUCCUUCUUGGGCUGUGUCGCUCAGGUCUUCUUGGUGGUCCUGUGUGUCGGUUCAGAGUUUCCCAUACUCACAGCAAUGUCCUAUGACCGCUACGCUGCCAUCUGUCACCCCCUGCGCUAUGAGACCAUCAUGACCAACACAGCCUGUGGAAAGAUGGUGGCCGCCUCCUGGCUCACCGGGGUGAUGUUUGGGGUCUUGUAUUCAGCUUCGACUUUCUCCCUGGGUUUCUGUGGGUCCAACAUCGUCCAGCAGUUCUUCUGCGACGUCCCCACUCUGCUGAAGAUCUCCUGCUCUGAGGACCAUGUCGCCAUUGAUGUGAGCGUCACCGGUGGGGUAGCUUUAGGUUUAGGUUGCUUUAUCUUCAUCAUCAUCUCCUACGUGCGCAUCUUCCAAGCUGUGCUGAGGAUGCCGGCUACCGAGAGCCGAGCCAAAGCCUUCUCCACCUGCCUGCCUCACCUCGCUGUCGUCACCAUCUUCCUCGCUACGGCCGCAAUUGCCUACCUCAAGCCCGUGCCUGACUCUCCCUCGACCCCGGACCUGCUGGUGUCCGUGUUCUACACCAUAGUGACCCCCACCCUGAACCCCAUCAUAUACACCCUGAGGAACCGGGACAUGAAGUAUGCCCUGGGGAGAGUUCUAAAGAGAGAUUCCCUCCUCUAA